AAGACGUUGAUGCUAGAGUUUUAUUCGAGUGGACAUUAUGGUGUUGAGUGUUUUGAUUAGCUAAAAUGAAAGAUUGACUAAAUUUUUCGCAUAGUAAUAACGUGAAUAUCAAUGUUCUAUGAAUACAGGAACACGAAAUCAAGAAUAAUCGUGACACUAAUUAACACAACUAAUACUGAAUGCAGAAAAAUAACUAACUGAUAAUCACUACUAAAAGGAUCGUAUGGAGCAACCGCCGUAUGGCCAUUUUAUGCAUAAUAUAGACAUAUGUUGACUUGAAACAAGAAAUUCAAAAUGGUAGCGUAAUGUUUUAUUGAGUGUUCAAUUCACCUAUUGUGAUGGCUCCAUUUAAACUCAAAUUUCGUAUGGGAAGUGGGUCAUCACGUAGCACUUCUCAGGAACAAGACCCUGUAGUAGAUAGCCAAUCUUAUCCUGCUGGAACGAUUUUCAAUGCAGCAAAUCCAAAUGAACUUAGUAGUAGCACGACCUCUCAACUUGAGCAGGACAAGGAAGAUUAUGCUACUAUAACCAACGAUCGACGCGCCUUAAUUCUUAGCAAUGACUCAACCGACGCCCAAAUCUCAGGAUACGAUAACCCUGCAUUAACUAAUACAGAAGUUUCAAAUAUUGUACCGCUUAGCCCACCACCGUCAUACGAGUAUGUGCUUGAAGAAAAUCGUCUAGCAGCAUUAGAUGAAGAAAAUAAUCGAACAUCUAGUAACCACAGUGCUGCCACGGAAAACUAUGAAAUGACGACUAGUAUCUCGUCAAAUACGGAGUGCAGUACACCUUUAUCUGAAAAAGAGUCACCGGAAGUAACUAAUAAACAAACAUCUACAACGACUCCUCUUCAGGAGAGUCUAUUGAAUUAUUCCAGUUCUUGUGAUCCACAGUACCAGCUUGACAGCGAUGUAGAAAAUACUCAACCAACGGCCACUAACGAUGUAUGCCUUGCAAAAGAAAGUGGGGAUUUAUUGUCUACCGAUGAAGAUUGUAGCUCGUACAGCAAUUCACAUCUUAUUUAUCAACAACACAACAAUUAUGCAACGACUGAAGUGAAACGCCCAGAGAUUCUUUAUAAAUCCAGCAAACAACUUUAUAAGGCAAUGGCCAAAGAAUGUGGAAUUACGUGCAAGAUGUCCGAUCAGUGCCGUUGCCUAGAUUGCCAAAGCCGAUACUUUGAUUGUGAAUACGACCAGCAGAAUGAACACGAAAAAACAGAUGGUGGACUAAGUGCGGGUACACCCAUGUUUAUCAGCGAAGUAAUGCACGGAGCGGCAUGCAUUAUACUAUAAUUUAAAAACUAAGUAUGUUGGUAUCCUGGUGCAAAAUAAAUACGUCUGCAAGAACCGAAUUGUUGGACAUGGGUCCCCCAAAAUUGUCCAAUCUGUGGCCGUGAGCUGUUGAGCUGAGUGUAGCUUUCAUUUCAUGGACAUCUGAAUGGUGAAACAAAUAUAUGGAAAAAAUCUGGAACAUGAAACAUGAACGGAUAAAUUCCACUGUUGGUUUCUCAUUUUUUCCCCACAGGAUCGAAACGGUCAAUGUAAAGAGUUAAAAUAAAAAGCAUAACCGUAGAUCG